AUGCCGUCCAAGGGGAAGUACCUGUUGAACGACCAGGAGCUGAAAAAUGAAGCACUUUACCGCAAAUUCUCCUGCAUCAGCCAGUAUCAGCCGCUGGUGCUGCUGCUGGGCCUCUCCAUGCUCUCCUGUGGAAUCCUCCUCAUCCUCUUCUUCGCCCUCCGACUGAGCGCGAAGGACCACUGUGCCUUUGUGAGCGUAGUGAGCGGCAGCCUGUGUGUGUUUCUGGCCGUGUUCGUGCUGGUGUGCACCGAGAUGCUCUCACAGCGAUGGAGGCGUCUGCUGGGCCUGAUUGUUUGGGCCACGCACCUCACCAUGGGCUACACCUUCAUCUUCAGCGGCCCCAUCAUUCUGCCUUGGGACCAGGUGCCUUUCUUCCUCUUCAUCAUCUUCACCGUGUACACCAUGCUGCCAUUCGAGUUGUGGUACGCUGUGGUGCUGAGCAUCAUCUCCUCACUGUCCCACAUCAUGGUCCUCACACUGCGCCUCACCCUUUACGACGAUAAUCCCUCUCCUUACCUUGCCAACCAGCUGCUGUCCAAUGCAGUGGUGUUUCUGUGUGGCAGUGUGGUGGGAGCCUUCCAUAAGGUCCUGAUGGAGAAAACCCUGAGGCAGACCUUUCAGGACACCUUGAGGUGCUUGACCAUGCGGAUGAAGCUGGAGAUAGAAAAAAGACAACAGGAGAACCUGCUGCAGUCUGUGCUGCCCGUCUACAUCUCCAUGAAGAUGAAGCUUGCGAUCAUGGAGCGCUUGCAAGACUGUAAAGACAAAGAAGAACAACAGCGACUGGUGAAAGAUAACAACUUCCACAGUCUUUAUGUGAAGAGGCACGAGAACGUCAGUAUUCUAUAUGCUGACAUUGUUGGCUUCACCCAACUGGCCAGUGACUGUUCUCCCAAAGAGCUCGUCAUUAUGCUCAAUGAGCUGUUUGGAAAAUUUGACCAAAUUGCCAAGGAAAACGAAUGCAUGAGAAUCAAGAUCCUUGGAGACUGCUACUACUGUGUGUCAGGGUUGCCAGUCUCUCUGCCUAAACAUGCCAAGAACUGCGUCAAAAUGGGCCUGGACAUGUGUGAAGCCAUCAAGCAGGUACGGGAGGCCACAGGAGUGGAUAUCAACAUGAGAGUGGGCGUACACUCGGGCAACGUGCUCUGUGGCGUCAUUGGCCUUCGUAAGUGGCAGUUUGACGUGUGGUCACAUGAUGUCACGCUGGCCAAUCACAUGGAGUCAGGAGGCCUUCCGGGACGUGUCCACAUCACAGAGGCGACUCUGAAGCACCUGAACAAGGCUUACGAAGUGGAAGACGGCAACGGCCACCUCAGAGACCUUUACCUAAAAGAGCUCAACAUCCAAACCUACCUGGUCAUCGAUCCACGCUCUAAGGACCCAUCGCUGAACAGCCGCAACGCUAAACCUCGUGUGAAUGAUGGUCUGAAGAUGAGGGCGUCCGUGCGUAUGACCCGUUAUCUGGAGUCUUGGGGGGCCGUCAAACCUUUUGCCCACCUUCAGAACCGAGAGGGCUUCACCCCAGACGCUAUUGUCAACGGCAAGUCGCGCCCUAAGGAUAUCCCUCUACGAUCAGCCCCCAGCUCCAAGAUCCCUGAGAGCUUUGACGAGUCUCUAGAAGAGCCGUUCUCCCUGCCCACCCCUCCGUUCAGCAGCUAUAAGAACAAAUCCCAGAAGAGUAAGUUUGAUGAGGAGCUGCACAACGAGAUGACGACGACCAUAGAUGAGCUCAGCAGCAAGCAGUGGUCUAAGACUGAAGAAAGUGGCAGUUUAGCUGUGUGGUUUCCAAAGAAAGAUCUGGAAAAACAGUACCGAGCUCUUGACCUGCCGAUGUUCAAACACUAUGUCGGCUGUGCCACCGUCAUCUUCCUCUGCAUCUUUGUGGUUCAGAUGUUCAUCACAAAGGAUCGACAGAUGUUGGGGAUGUCAUUUGGAGUACUGGUGUGUGUGCUGCUGCUGACCCUGGCCAUCUGUUUCGCAGGUCACUUCCAGCGCCUGUUUCCAGAGAAGCUUUCACAGUGCCAGUGGCUGCCAGCUGUGUCUGAGGCGGUGGUGAAGCGGCCGUGUGUGCGCCUCCCUCUGGCCACCAUCACGACUGCGGUCAUUAUUAUCCUGGCAGUGUUUAACCUGUGCUUCGUCCAGACACCUGUGUCAGAAUGUCCCACUGAUAUUGACCCGCCGCACAGAAAUGAUUCUCAGGAGCAGCAAUUACAGGACAUCCUCUUCUACCUGCCUUACUCCGUGUACUGCUGCAUCCUGUCGCUCAUUGCAUGUGGGGUCUUCCUCCGCGUGAGCUUUGAGCUCAAAGUGCUCUUCCUCACCCUGGCCUCCACAGUGUACUACAUCAUCAUCCUCAGCACCAAAAGGGACCUCUUUAUAGUCUACGGAAAAGUGCUCCUCUAUCAGCAUCUCGACAGCUGGAACUGCAGCAGCCUUGAAGAUCACGCCAUCCUGACGUGGUUAGGUCUGGUGAAACACCCGCAGGUGAUGAGCUGCAUAUACAUCACGCUGUUCCUCGUCACGAUGUUCAUCAUCUCCCAACAGAACGAGUCGUGCUUCCGUCAGGACUUCGUGCUAAAGUAUAAGAACCGCACAGAGCAGGACGAAGUGGAGACCCGAGAGAACCUGAACCGCCUGCUGCUGGAGAACGUGCUGCCGGCCCACGUGGCCGCGCUGUUUGUCGGGGAGAAUAAGAAGAACGAGGACCUCUACUACAAGUCCUACGACUGCGUCUGUGUGAUGUUUGCCUCGGUGCCAGAUUUCAAAGAGUUUUACACGGAGUGUGAUAUCAACAAGGAGGGCCUGGAAUGCCUGAGGCUCCUGAACGAGAUCAUCGCUGACUUUGACGAGCUGCUGUCCAAACCAAAGUUCAGCGGUGUGGAGAAGAUCAAGACCAUUGGCAGCACUUACAUGGCUGCUGCAGGCCUUAGUGGGACGCCUGGUCAGGAGAACAAUCAGGACCGAGACAGGCAGCAGGCCCAGAUCGGGAUCAUGGUGGAGUUUGCCAUCGCUCUGAUUGGCAAGUUGGACGGCAUCAACAGACAUUCCUUCAAUAGCUUCAGGCUUCGUGUGGGCAUCAAUCACGGCCCGGUGAUCGCCGGAGUGAUCGGGGCGAGGAAGCCUCAGUAUGACAUCUGGGGCAACACGGUGAACGUGGCCAGCAGGAUGGAGAGCACCGGGGAGCUGGGGAAGAUCCAGGUGACGGAGGAAACGUCCGGUGUGCUGCACAAGCUGGGCUACUCGUGCGAGUGUCGAGGCCUCAUCAACGUCAAGGGCAAAGGGGAGCUGAAAACCUUCUUCGUGUGCACCGACAUGAGCAAGCAGCAAGGCAUGGGGCUGAGCUGAGGCCGACAGGAGACAGACUCGCGCACACACACCUGAUCGUGAUGCAGCCGUGGUCCCGGCAUGUUAACGAACACUGAAGCACAUUAAGGACUUUGCUACGUGACGCCGAAUCAACCAUUUUCCACUCCGGACCUGUUGAGCGGAUCAGGAUGUGGCCGUCACGGUGGAGAGAUGCUCGCCAUCUUUUUCUACACACGUUAACGUCCCGUGAUCGUUCACUUUUUGUAGUUUUUGUCUUUAACUUAGAUGUUUUUUGCGAUUAGAAAAUAAAUGUGUAUUGUACUAAUGCCAAAUAAUACAGUUGUGUAUUGUUGAAGACCUCGCUGGUCCUUAAAACAAAACGGAUUCUGUUUGGAUCAUAAUGCGACGGGCACGCCGCUGUUACUGUGUAACGAGCGUGACAUGUAAAGAUAUGUAGAGAAGUAGGCCGAGCUGCAAAUCCUAAAGUUACUUUAGCAGCACUUUUGCUCUGUGUGUGAACAUCUUCUAGGUUCCAGCUGCGUAGUUUAAUUUGACAUAUGAAAAGAUAUUUGCUGCAUUUUUAAGAGGAAAUUCACAAAUGCGUGUGCUGAACGUAUGUAACGUGUUUAUUCUGCGUGAUCUAACAACCGGCCUGCUGCAGCUCAGAUCACCUGAACUGAUUCGUCUCGUGGCCUUAUCUUCUGUGACCAUUGUGUCUGUAAUCGUGGUUACAUCAUCAUCAUAAUAAUAAUAAUAAUAAUGUAUUGGCCUUUAUGUGAACAAAUGUGACAUUGAAUUUUGUACAGUUACAGAAUGUGAUAAAUGUUUUCCUAAGUCUGCAGUUUGUUUCACAAGAUCCAAGGUUUAUAUACAUUAACAAAAACAGGUUUAUUGAAUGAAACGCAAACAAAAAGCACCUUCGUACAAAACUUAACUUAAUUAAACUGAAAGGGUGGAAUAUCAUUUAACAGCGACGACUGCAUCCGGACAGCUGGACACGGUCUCCAUCGGUUCGGCCGUCUCCUGCACUGAAAACAUACAACAGAAUAAUAUUAGAGGAAGUAUUCAGAUCCACACUGUGGGAAACUGUUAAACUAUUAUAUCAUUAAAGCAUUAAUUACAUGGUU